AUGGCCCCAUCGCUGGGUCAAGAGCCGGGUGUCAUUUUGCCAGCUACCAAUACUGCAGAAUUUCGUGAAAAAGAGCAUCAGGAGCAAAUACAACAAGAGCCUCCCAUCUCAGUACCACAGCCAGCUGCCAGAAAGAGAAGAGGGGCAGCACUUUCUCGUGCACAUAGUCAACCUACUUCCAUGGCCCCCUCUCUUGAUUCAAACCCAGGUGAUAUUUCACUAGCUUCCAAAAGUGCAGAAUUUCAAGAUGAAAACCAACAAAAAUCUCUUCUUUCAUUGGAACAGCCACAGUCGGCUGCGCGAAUGAGAAGAGGGGCUGCGCUCUCUCGAAGCCAGGGUCAUAUAUCUCUUACCUCGUUUGCUGAUCCAGAGCCGAGCGCCGAAUUUCAAGAAUGUGAAAACCAACAACAAGAUUCUACGUCGAUGGAACGGCCACAGUCACCCGCGCGAAAGCGGAGAGGGGCGGCACUUGCUCGAACCCAUGGGCAAAUUUCUCUCGAGACCGGGGCAGAACCGGCUGGUGAUGGAGAGCUAAGUGCCACCGCUCUUGUGGAUAGUGAUGAAUUCAAAGAUGAAAAACAGCAACAAUCUCCUGUUUCAAUGAAGCAACCACAGCCAGGUGCCCGGAGUCGACGCGGAGCUGCAAGAGGUGUUGCCCUUUCCCGUGCUCAAAGUCCAACCCUCGCACCCAUCCAACAACCCGCGACGGUUCAACAAUUCAAUUCCACAUCACCAAGCACAAGCGAAGAAUCGAAUGAGGAAAAUCAGCAAGAAUCUCCCACUUCAGAGCAACCACAGCCGGUUGCACGAAAGAGACGAGGGGCUGCGCUUUCUCGUGGCCAUACUUCCUCCCUCACGCCUAUCCAUGAACCCACCAUGGAGCGACAGCUUAGUUCCACAUCCCUUGGCAAGAGCGAUGAGUUCCAAGGUCAACAUGCCGACGAUGAAUUUUCUGUUCCCGAGGAGCAACAGCGUGCAGUAGAAGAAACUGUCCAAAAAGGACGAGGCACCAAAAGUUCUUUUAGCGAAGUAUCUUCCCUCACGCCAAUCCCAGAACCCACGAUUGUUCAACAGCUGGAUGAUGUAGCAGCGGGGAAGAGCGAUGAAUUCCAGGAGUUACUACAACAAUCUGUUACUACGUUGGAGUCACUGGGAAAGGCUGUGGAAAAGAAACGAGCCAAACUCUCUCGCCCCCAUCGGCCGUCUGUACUCCCUGUUCACGAACCCGGCGUUGUCCGACAGCCAAGUACAGUAGCAAUAGCAGCGAUAAAGAUGGAGGAAGUCAAAGAGGAAAAUCUGCAAGAAAAAGAAUCUUCUUCUUCCUCAGGGCAAGAACAGCCUGUUGAAACCGCACGUCAGCGAACACGAGCACCACGAGCGUUUACAGCCUCAGUUCUCCCAACCUACGAACCUUGUAAUGACAGCUUCAACGACUCGUUUCUUGUUCUGCCUCCAAACCAUGAUAGUUGGCGAAAUCCACAACCAACAGACCGAGCAGGGAGCGACCGAAAAGCUCCGGCUAUCCCAAACAAAAUGACUGUGGAUUUGAACAAAACCGAUACUCCGCAGGGCAGUGAAACUGAGCAAAUGCCAGGGCAAUCAAGAAUACCGUUGAGUAGAACCAUGAGCCAGAACACUGGAAGUACUGGUCCGGGCCUGGUUCGUUCUGCAAGGAGCACCAGACGUGGGCUGCGCAAGCAUAGGUCCGAUAAGUCACCAGCCAGGUCUAAGUCGCCUUCUGCACAAAAACCAUGGGUUUCGUCCCGUGCUGGGGCAGAUUGCGACAACGAGACUAGCAUGGAGCUAGAUGAUCUGUCCCGCAGGAGCAAGGUUUCAGGGCUACGCAGGGAUAGCGGUAGCAGGGAUGUGUCGAAGUCUCCUAUUCGAGAACGUGGUAUCGUGUCUCGCACGAAGUCACGGGCAGAUCCUGACAAUGGGGGUGUCUCCAAGUCGCCUGUACGAAAACGUGGGAUCGUGGCUCGCACCCUGUCCCGAGCAGAUCCAGAAAAUAGGGAUGUGUCCAGGUCGCCUGUGCGAAAACGUGGGAUCGUGGCUCGUACCUUUUCGCGAGAAGAUCCCGACAAUGGGGAUGUAUCCAAGUCGCCUGUGCGAAAACGUGGGAUCGUGGCUCGUACCUUUUCGCGAGAAGAUCCCGACAAUGGGGAUGUAUCCAAGUCGCCUGUGCGAAAACGUGGGAUCGUGUCCCGUACCAUGUCACGAGAAGAUGAUUAUGGCUUUGGCGAGGAAACGAGCCUCGAAUUGGGUGAUCUUCUGUCUAACAAAGGCAAAUCAUCAAGAACACCGUUAAGGAGCAGGAGUCACAGUCCAAGCCGUUUCGGGCCUAUUCGAUCGAAUCGUGGUUUACGCAAGAAGAGAAAACCCAAAGCGUCGAUGCCCCAACGCGAAGGAAUUGAAGAGUCCUCUGAGCCAAUGGGUAGUGAGAGCUUGAAGGAAGUUUCAAGUAUGGAUUCAAGCAGCUACAGAGAAGCACUUCCGCAGAAUGGGACGCCAGAAACCAAAGCAUCACAAGAGGGCACGAAUCAAGCCCGAUCAUCACUAGAGGGCCCGCAGCAAGCCCCAGCAUCACUAGAAGGCCCGCAACAAGACCGACUCGCGCAAUUUGAUUUGCUGUUGCAGAAGCAUGGCAUUGCGAGAAGGGUGGUGACGGGGCACUCGACCCCCAGCCCUAGCGUAAGUCGACAAAACUCGUCAUCUAGACCAGAACUUCGUCGACAGGAAGAAAUGUUAGAGCACUCAGCAAUGACGACAGUUCAAAGGGAUGCUUCCAGCAAGCCCCGUGGUCGUGGUCUACGCAGGGAUGCAUCCUCCAAGUCACCAACGAGACCACGCCUCCCACGCCAAGAAGAGACUGUAGCUGGAAAAGAGCUUGGUACAACACCAGCUAUGGUGAUAGCAGAUAGAAGUUUGUUUGCGCACAGAUCGUCGAACUUUGAACCUCAAGAAGGGGACUCUUCCGAGAGAAGCCGUGGUCUUCGCAGGAUUGCAUCCUCGAAGUCACCAACUAGACCGUACCUCUCCUAUCAGAAAGCAGAGUCGGCCAACAUAGAGCAGAAAGCAAUGGGACCAGCCCUGGGCAUGCCUUCUGGAGAAAGGAACUCAUUCGCACACAGAUCUUCACAUCAUGAGCUUGAAAGGAGUUCUUCCGAGAAUCUUCGUGGACUUCGCAGGGUUGCAUCUUCUAGAUCACCAACUAGUCAAGACCUCUACAAUGAGCAAGCAGAGGCAGCCGAAGCAGGAAAGGCAGCUACAAAGCCAGGCAUGCCCAUGGCGGCUGCAGCAAGCAGCUCUUUUACGCACAUGUCUUCACAGUAUGAGAUUCAAAGGGAUGCUAUCAAGAAUCUCCGUGGUAUUCGAAGGGAUGCAUCCUCGAUGUCACCUAUGCCUAUCAGACCACGUCCAUUACAUCAGAAAGCAAAAUCGGCCGAGACAGGGCAAAAAGCUACAAACCCGGCCAUGGCCAAGGCUGCAGCAGAAAGAAAUCGUUUUGCGCACAGGUCUUCGCAGCAUGAGCUGCAAACGGAUGCUUCCAAGAAACAGGGUGGUCUGCAGAGGAAUGCAUCCUCACUGUCGCCGAUUAGACGAAGAAUCUCCCCCCAGCAGGCAAAGCCAGCUGAAACUGAUCAGUCGAACAUAUCAUCAGCCAUGGCCACAGCAGAGAACAGGCCUUCCCAAUCCGCGCUCCGAAAGGAAUCCUCGAAGAAACGACAUGGUCUUCGAAGGGAUGCAUCAUCCAAGUCACCACUAUCAAGUCGAGGGUCUUCCCCAGAAGCUUCCCUUGGUCGGAACUCAUCUACAAUGACCAACAUAUCGUCCAGGAGAACCGCCUUCGAGGCCAAGUUCCGAAACGGAGAAUCGAGUAGAUCGAAUAUGAAUGUAUCCAACAGCAAUAUUCAAACAAGCGUGGAGGGUCAGAACGAUUCCAAUGGAGCAACAAGCUGCGCUGGAGAAGAGGCAGACCUCGAAAGCGGCGUCGGUGCAGCCGCUGCCGCCGCCACCUCCGUCACCACCAACGGGAACGUAGAUUCGUUGGUGACGUCCCAAGGCGACUCCACCCAUGCCGUGGACAUGGUCCUUGACGACGCAGCUGCAAAAACGACAGCGACAGAAUGCCCAAACUGUGACCUUACCCCUGGAGCGUACAGGGAAGAUGGGGAAGGAAACCAGGUUGUUCGGAAUCGAGAUCUUCGCUUCUCUCUCGUCGGGGAAACACCCCACAGCAGUCAGAUGGGAAGCCAAAUGAACAGUCAGCUGGAUAUUGAAAGCCAAAAAUCAACGGAUGGAAGUUCAGUCAUUGCUCUGAGGCCAGCGGCUGAUCCCACUGAGGACGUAGCUGCAUUCCGUGCCGGACUGGCCCAAGCAGUGCCCGUCCGUGAACCAUCGAUUGCGUUGGCUGACGGAGAGCAAGUGAGCUCAAAAGAGCUGCAAGAGAUCGCUGAGCAUGAAGAGAUCAAGUUUCGCCGAGCUUUCUGCAACGCGGUUUGGUGCACAUUCUUUGGGACAAUUUUAGCGGUUGCAGUGUCGAUUUUCAUUGCAAUUAUGGUCAUCAAUGCAAGGGAACGAAAGGACGAGGAGGCAACUCUGACAAGUACACCAACCAUGGCUCCGACACCGUUUUACUUUGACAUCCCGGAAGACACGCAAGCAGCAAUCUUGGAGAGUCAUGCAACACCGCAAGCACUGGCGUAUCGCUGGUUGACGAUGGAUCCAAAUCUGUCUAGCUACCCCGAAUGGCGCUUGCGGCAAAGGUUUUCCUUGGCUACAUUGUACUUUGCCACUAGUACGAUGGGCAUUACAUCCGACGUCUCGGAAAGAAGCGACUGGAAGAACAAAGAAGGAUGGCUCAUGCACGAUGAGCACGAAUGUGAUUGGUACGGUUCAAGAAGCUACAUAGACAUUCUUGAGCUAGAGAUACGCGAAACAAACCCCUGUGGAGAUGACGGCGAGUAUCAGAGACUGUGGCUCCCCAGAAACAAUUUGCGUGGGACGAUCCCAUUAGAGCUCUAUUGGCUCACUUCUCUGCUGAGCCUCGACUUGAGGGGCAAUAUGCUGGAAGGAACCAUCUCAUCGCACAUCGGCUUCCUUUCGGAUUUGGAGCAGUUUGCCCUUUACGCGAACCUGAAUCUGACCAGCACUCUGCCAACGGAGAUAGGCCUCCUGACACACCUUGAAAGCAUUUUCUUUGGAUCUGCGGAUUUCAGUGGGACCAUACCGUCAGAGCUUGGCCUUCUGUCUAGCCUGGAAAACUUGGAUUUGAGCGACAAUAACUUUGCUGGGAGCAUUCCCACGGAGCUUCAGUCCAUGACUCGCCUGGUGGUUUUCUAUGUUGCUGGAAACGCUUUGACCGGCACAAUCCCAACUCAGUUCUCCAGUUUGACGUCUCUGAGAUAUUUUCUCGUGGGAGGCAACAACAUUUCCGGCCAAAUACCCGCAGAGCUUUCGCUUCUCUCCAGGCUAUUCUUCAUGUACUUACUUGAUAACCGGCUUUCCGGGACGAUUCCAAGUGAGCUUGGUUUGCUGACAGCACUGGGCGAGAUGAAUUUCGGAGGGAAUUACCUCACUGGAGAGAUUCCUACUGAGAUUGGCAGCUGGACCCUGUUAAACAGUCUCUGGCUCUCGGAUAACUUCUUCUCCGGGGGUUUGCCAACCGAGAUUGGUGAAAUGUCCUCGUUGGUCGACGUGGUCUUUCGAAAUACCCCGUUCACAGGAGAGCUUCCGUCCGAGAUGGGUUUGUUGGAGGACAUUGAAUAUUUCUUGGCCAGCAACUGUACUUUCAAUGGAACGAUGCCCACGGAAGUCGGACAACUAGACUCUCUGUUGGUUCUGCAGUUGGUUGGGAACAGUUUGACGGGCCCACUCCCAUCCGAAGUUGGUUUGCUGGAGAACUUGCAAACGCUGAAUAUCUCUUCCAACCUGCUGACCGGCCGAGUGCCUUCGGAAAUCGGCCAGUUGUCCAGUCUCACCAAUCUGUAUCUCGAUUCCAAUGAGUUCAGCGGUGGGAUUCCGGCCGAGAUAUCGUUGUUGGAAAACUUGACAGAGUUUACUUGGUCUGGAGGCGGAAAAUAG